AUGAGGAUCGACCCGAUCGGGGGAUCAUUUGAAUUUUUUUCCAUUGAAGAUUUUCCUUUCUUCUUUGUAGACGUCAAGAAGCUUUUCACUGCUCUCACAGUCCACUCUUUUUCGCACAAUCGCACGUUGAUCAUUCUCUGGCGCAGCGUUCUAGGAGGCGUCAAAACUUUCUUUUCGUUUCUUCUUCUCCUCUGCAUUUGUAAUACUGGCUUCAAAGAAAUGAAUUCUGCUUCACUCCUUAAAUUGUGUAGCUUCCCUCCCCAAAAUCCUCAUCUUCUCGUGUUUUCUUCUCCGACAAUCCUGGCUUCAUACGCCAAGGCCACGUAUGUGCCUCGCUUUGGCAGGACACUGGGGAGAGCUCGAUGCGAAUUUGACGUCAAGGGAAACGGCGCGCUUUCUAGUGACACCGACCUUCGAGCUAUAGAGCGGCAAAAAGCACUGGAAGCAGCUAUGAAUGACAUCAAUAAUUCAUUUGGGAAAGGAAGUGUUACAAGAUUAGGCAGUAUGGGUGGCGCUUUAGUUGAGACCUUCCCAAGUGGUUGCUUGACAUUGGAUUUUGCUUUGGGCGGUGGCCUUCCAAAAGGAAGGAUUGUAGAGAUAUUUGGUCCAGAAAGUAGCGGAAAAACCACUUUAGCUCUACAUGCAAUUGCAGAAGUACAGAAAUUAGGAGGGAAUGCCAUGCUAGUGGAUGCAGAACAUGUUUUUGAUCCAGCUUACUCGAGGGCUUUGGGAGUAAAUAUAGAAAAUUUGAUCGUUUGCCAACCUGAUAAUGGAGAAAUGGCAUUAGAAAUUGCGGAUCGCAUGUGCAGAUCUGGAGCAAUAGAUCUCAUAUGUGUUGAUUCUGUGUCAGCUCUAACGCCGAGGGCCGAGAUUGAAGGAGAGAUAGGAAUGCAACAAAUAGGCCUGCAAGCUCGCUUGAUGAGUCAAGCUUUGCGCAAAAUGUCAGGGAAUGCCUCAAAAGCUGGUUGUACCCUCAUAUUUUUGAAUCAGAUAAGAUACAAGAUUGGGGUUUUCUAUGGCAAUCCUGAAGUUACCAGUGGUGGCAUUGCUUUGAAAUUUUUUGCUUCACUUCGCCUUGAGAUCCGUCCAAUCGGGAAGAUAAAAUCUGGGGAUGAAGAUAUUGGAGUCAGAGUUCGUGUAAGAGUUCAGAAAAGCAAAGUGUCCAGGCCCUAUAAGCAAGCAGAAUUUGAGAUCAUAUUUGGGGAGGGAGUCGGCAAACUGGGUUGUGUUUUAGAUUGUGCUGAAACAAUGGAUGUUGUAGCAAAGAAGGGUUCAUGGUAUAGCUAUGGAGAUCAAAGACUCGGACAAGGCAGGGACAAGGCUCUGCAAUUUCUCAGAGAAAACCCUCUUAUCUUCACUGAUAUUGAAAAGGCUGUUAAAGCUGUAAUGACAGAAGGAAGCAAGCAUAUGAGCUUCAUAGCCUAUGGCGAGUCGCCGAAUUUUGAUGAUGAAAUUAAGCAUGGUGAGAGAUGACAUGAGAUCGGGGCGAUGCCGCGGCUGUGCCGGCUUCUGCAACUUUUCUGGUAAUUUUAUAAAUUGUGUGCCAUGGCUUGCUUGGCACAGUGGCUGGAAGAGGUAUUUUCUCUCUUUUGCAGUUGCUAUGUGGAGGAGAUGAGUUUGCUAAUUAAUGAACUCUAUUUGAAGCAGUUUCUCUUCAGCUUGAUUUUGUGGUGUAGCAGAGAUAAAAGGGGUUGAUUGUGAGCUCUAUUGAAAGUGCUAUUGCUACAUUUGGCCUUUUUUAAUUUAAUCAUUGAUUAACUUUCAUAAUUAACCAGAUUAUUAUGAUA